CUUGUCGUCAUCCGUAAACAUCACCGUCUCAAAACCUAGCGUGCUGCCUUUAUAAACAGCAGUAGCAAAGUUUGAAACAUUUAAGCCUCUUUUUUUCUUUCCGGGUUCAGAGGCAGCGAACUUUUUUCAGUUCAUAUACGAAUUGAAAAAUGUGACAAACGUGCCUAUUUUGCGAAGUAAACUAGACAGCUCACUCGUCAUUGAAAGAGCCACUGAACUGAACAGGUGUUGCAGCCUUCAGCAGCAGGAAAUAUCACAAACACUGGGAUGCUGUCCAUGACCUGACCUCAGUAGACCUUAAGAAGAGUCAGUGUCUUUGGCUUCAGUUUUAUUUCAGACACACAUGCUUUGUUGAAGUGGGAUCACAGCCCAUCUCCUCAAGUAUGGAGAUAGCUGUAGCCAAAAUCCUGUGUCUGCUGGGGGUGUUUGCCCUGAUGUUAACGGGCAUCCUUCUUCCUGUGCGGAUGAUGCAUACGGAGUAUGAUAAGGUCACGAGGUACAGAAGAGUGGUUGCUUUAAGCAACUCUUUUGGAGGAGGUGUAUUCCUGGCCACUUGCUUCAAUGCCCUUCUCCCAGCAGUUAGGGAAAAGGUUGAUGACGUCCUGAAAAUCUUACAAACCACCAAUCAGUACCCGCUGGCAGAGACCAUGAUGAUGAUUGGGUUUUUCCUCACAGUAUUUGUGGAACAGGCCGUGCUCACUUUCCGCAAGGAGAAGCCCUCGUUUAUCGACCUGGAGACGUUUAAUGCUGGUGACUCUGCAGCGGGGAGCGACUCAGAGAAUGAUGCUCCAUUCAUCUCUCCCCCUCGAGGUUCCAGAGACCACCAAUACCAUUCCCAUCACCACGGACACUUCAGCCCUUCAGAGCUGAUGCACGCUGGGCCGUUGAGAUUAGCUGGCCUGGUGCUAGCACUGUCCGCUCACUCUGUCUUCGAGGGUCUGGCUUUGGGCCUUCAGGAAGAUGGGGCUAAACUCGGAACCCUCUUCAUUGGAGUGGCCAUCCAUGAGACGCUGGCAGCAGUGGCGCUGGGGGUUAAUAUAGCCAAGGCAGGAAUCUCCUUACGGGAUGCCAGUAAACUGGCCGUAACAGUGAGCCUAAUGAUUCCUCUGGGCAUCGGGAUUGGAAUGGGUAUUCAGACAGUCCAGCGCUUGGCAGAAAGUAUUAUAUCUGUAGUACUCCAGGGCAUGGCAGCCGGGACGUUCCUCUUCAUUACGUUCUUUGAGAUCCUCUCGCGAGAGCUGGAGGACAAACACGACAGGCUACUGAAGGUGCUGUUUCUAGUACUGGGCUACAGUGUACUUGCAGGGCUCGUCCUCAUCAAAUGGUAAAAGGGGCUCAAAAUGUAACAUUUCCUAAAAUGGUGUACUGCUCCAUCUGUCAAACAUCAUAACCAAGGGUUUCUGUAAAUCUACUGUAUAACUUUUGAUAUUUUAUGAUGCAAGAGUUUUCAAUCUUUUUAAAACCAGUAACCCAAAAAUAUGAUUAUGAUAUUUGUAUGAUUUGUAUCUAUAAAGGCUGCUGUAAUAUCCUUUGUGCGUGUGUGUACAUGUAUACACACACACACACACACACACAUACUAUUAAGUGUCAUAUUAUUUAAUGUUAUUUAAAAAAAUUAAAUAAUUAUCUUUAUUAUUGUCACUGUACCAAGAUUAAAGAUAAAAUCACCAAAUAUUAAAUGUAAAAUUAUUAAAACAUUUACUUUAAUUGGUAUUUUAGAAGUGUUUUGUCAGAUGUAUAAAUCUUUCAAAUAAAAUCAAGAUUUUUUACAUUUAUUCCCUACUGUUUUAAACAGCUGUAACUAUCAUUUUGAUUAAUCUCAUGAAUUUAGGAAAUCAUAAAAUCAACACAUUUGGUAAAUAUAAAAAAAUAGUUUAACUAUUUUACAUUAACACAUUAACUUUGACAACCCUUAAAUUGGUUAGAUUAUUAUUAUUACUAUUACUUUUUAAUUAUACAUUUUCUGUAACUACCUUAAAGCCCCUGAACCCUAUUUGGAAAAAAACCUCUUUAUUCAUUUUAAACUCAAAUCUUCUGUAUCUGAUGAAUUUCAGGUUUAGAGACUGUGUACCCAAUAUUUCCACUCUUAUAAUUUAUGUGAAUAUCAUACAUAGUCAAUAUUUACCAAUAUUACAAUGACUGUUUUGAAGGAUUUUCUUAUAGAUAAUAAUAGCUGAAUGCACAUGUAAUAGGUGAAUGCUGAAUGUUUCAGUGAGAACUUUGUGUUGAAAUUGGUCAGAUAUGUUUACAUUAAAUUGAGUAUAGUUGAGUCCACAGAAUUCAGUCAAACUGCCAGUUGUUUCAGUUACUUGACAUGGCGGUUAACUAGUUAACUGUAAUUUAUGCUUAUUUUAGAAUGUUCAUUGUUACAUUAAGCUAUAUUUGAUCUAUUUUGUCAUGAAUUUGACUACUGUCCUCAGUUUGAAUGAGGAGUAUUUUGCCUCAUUAUAAGCACCAUGCUAAGCUUCAGAAGUAAAUGAAGAGAUUUUUUUAAUUUAUAAAUUCCACUUAUAAGUUUGUGGCACCUGACAAGGAUACUGAUAUUGCAGAGAGUGAGCCUCAGGAAAUUAAAGCUUGACCUUUUCAUUUAUUUGAACAAUCUUUCUUUUGUAUCCUUAAUUUAGUUUGACAUUUGUGCGUACUACAGCUUUAUGAAAUUAUGGUUACAUUGUAGAUCAUGUCUGUGAUAUCGUGGGGAUUAUUAAUAGUGUUUUCACUAUUAUUAAUAGUAUUUCUGGGCAGUUUCGACUAAUCAAGCAACGGAUCUAAAAGAAAAGAAGAAAAAGGUUUGUCUUAAAGGUUCCAUAGAAUGCAAAAAGUUGUGUGGCAGCAGAGUGUGAAAACAGCCAGCCUAAUAUUAAAAAUCCACCCAUUUGUUUUUGUUUUUUAUACUAAUAAAUCAUAAACUGUCUCUCCACACUAGCAGUUCCAGAUUUCUCACUACUAUGACGUUAUAGUUGGGGAAAGUCCUGCCCAUUUGUGACUGUCUCUCCACCCUAUUAGCAUAUACACAGCCCUAAGUGAGAAACACCAGUCCGCCAUUACUGUUUUCUUAAUCUUUUUCUUAAAAGAUCGUGGUGUAGCAACCUGUGUUUGUUGUUAUGAGAGAGCAAUCAUACAUUUGUGUUGUUUUCUUUAUUUGAUUUUUUUAUAUAUAUUAUUAUUCCGUUUAAUUACUGAUAAUAUUGAUAUAUUCUAUAUUGAUUUAUUAUUUGAUCAGGCAUUUCAUAUUAUUUGUACAUUACUGUUUAAUCUGUUUUGUUUUAUGUUUUCAUUGUUGGAGAUGAAAUGUUUUCAGUGUCACUGGACAAUAUUGAGAAGCAGUAAUUUUCCAUUGAUAUUGAUUGUGGUAAUAACACUGGUUGGAUUUGUGCUGGUCGGACAAAGUUUGACUGAGCAUUGAAACAAACGCAACUAAGAUUAUUCUGUAUAAUUUUACCAUCACCUAAUCUCCUGCUUACUGCUUUUCGCUGCUGAGAGAAGACUGUUAAUACAGCUUUGGUCAGUAAAACACUGAUUUUGGGUACUGAACAAAACUUUAUUAACAGGUGCUAUUAACAGGAUUUGGGUUUGAGCCAAAAUGGAUAUUUUUCCAACAGAAUCUGAGGUUGGAUCCAAUGACUUGGAGACUUGAUCUUAGAUUUGUUGGCAGGAUGUCUGCACUAUCUGCCAAUCUGUAGCCAUUUCCUGUACAUGUUCUUUUACAUGUGUCCAUGAGAUUUAGUAUUUGAGUGUUGCAAAAUUCUCCUUUUUGAAAUGCAUAUGGGAUUCUGUGUAAUUAAUAAUCAGCUUUAAAUUUUUGAUUUAAUAAAAUAUCUCCUGAUUGUGU